AUGGCUACUUCUAUUGUCCCUAGCUUAAUGCAAGAUGGGAUACCCACCAUAUUUGCUAGACGUGUAGCCUCAACACCAAAUUUCGUUAUACAUGGAUUCACUUUACUCUUCAGAAAUAUUCAAAUUAAACAUAUCAUGGCACCCUCAAACACACUCCACAGAACUGGCCGAACGGGUGGCCGCUACAAUCUCCGCGGCACAGCCAUUCACGCUCCUGCCGCCACGACUCCCAACCAAACCGCCAGACAAUGCGCAAGUGACCGCAUUGCCAAAAGAGGCCUGAAGAAAUCAUGGCCCAUUACUAGACGCAGUCGAGCAACGAGGGGCCUCUCCCGUGUUGGGAAUACAUGUUUCAUGCUCAGUGGCCUCCAGGCCCUGCUGCACCUUCCCAAAUUCCUCAACUGGAUCCUCUCGCACAACACCGCGCGGUUUCCAUGUCGACCGCUGUGGGAAGUGGGCAAGGCACUGGCAGCCAAAUUUAUGCGAUGGGAAGCCGAGGCUUUGAACGUUCAUGCCUGUCCGGCUUGCGUUGUGAAGCGCUUCGUUGAGGAGUACUGGGGGCCGGCACUGUGCCAGCAAGUUGCGCCUUAUGCGCCGCUGGCGUUCGCACAUGGACACCCGGUGAUGCGUGAGAUUCGUGCUCUGGAUAGGAGUCUAUACGCCCUCACGAGUGGAGCAGGAAACGAUGCACAGCAGGAUCCUGCAGAGUUCCAAGAUAGAAUCUUGGUGGCGUGCUGGGCGUCUACCGACGACGAUCUCUGGCGCGACCAAUUCGACGCCCUAUUUGAACUGGAAGUAUCCAAUCCGUCAGCAUUCCCCCCACCGCGUCGAUCUCAGGACCCAAACCAAGACCCAGGCUCAGUCGACCGCUCCAUCCACGCCAAAUACGCCGACACCACCUGGUCAGACCACCAAGACUGUACUGUCUGCGGGAGAAAACGUGUCCGCAUCGAACGCCAGUCCAUGAACAAAGUCCCAGAGAUUCUCCGCAUCAGCCUCUCCCCAUCCAUGAUGAAUCAUUUCACAGGGCAGGCCAUAUUCAAUCCUAACCCCAUUGCUAUACCGCAGAAGCUCGAUCUCUCCGUAUAUCAGGACGUGCCUGAGCCCAAGGCACAUUUAGAGUACCAGCUCGAAAGCGUGCUCUCCCAUUCCGGCACACUGCAUUUUGGCCAUUGGGCUGCGUCCGUGAAUGCGGAUACGGGCAUCUUUUCGGUCAACGACGAUCGAGUUCGCGAGCGCAUGAGGCUUGUGCGCAGUCCGGCGUCUGCGCUGAAGAUCAAGAAGAAGAGGAGUGCGGCUGGGGUGGCGAAGAGGAAGCGAAAGCAGACGGGUCCGCGAAUGGUGAAGAAUUGGGGUUCCUUGAGGUCGAAUCCCCAGGUGAUACGGGAAUGGACUACGAAAGAUGGUUCCCCGAUUGCACGGGAGAACGUCAUGAAUGCUGUUAUUCUGACCUAUUCGCGGUGCGCAACGAAGCGUCUCCUCUUGUAG